AUGGGGCUCGGACGGCAGUGCUCUGCUAUGGAAAACAACGAGGUGCUCAAACCGUUUGCUGCCGCCGGAUUCAUUUCGUCGCAGCUCGGGCAAGACCAUGUCUACGACGGCCUAUCAAACGCUGCAGCCCUAGCUGUCCAGAGGGCUACGCGGAAGCCUUUUCGAACGACUCUGCCAAGUCGGCAAGACGUUCGGCGCCACUCGUGGACCGCAGAUGAUGAAAUUCGCGGUCACUGCGCUAUGCCUUUGGUUACAGGAUUGGUAGGGUCGUGCGAUGUGAACCGCACAAUCCCCGAGUUUCUGUUAGAUCCUGUGUUCACUGCUGUUCGGGCAGCGGACACACACAAGGCGCAGUCAAUGGUUGCGCUGUGGAAGAAACCGGGCGUGCCUCGAGUGGGCUGGACGGAGGAUAUGUCGUGUCCCCCCUCAACUAAACUCCUCCAUUCCUCCGUGAGUGAUCCAGGUUCUGGUUGCGAAACUUUCGUCAGUCAACCCAGUGACGCAUGGCUUGAUGGCACGCAACGAGGGCAGCAAGCUGACAAGGCUUCUGGUGGUCUAACGCCUCAAGGAGAAGCCAUGGUCAUAAUGACUGGCACCAGUGCAUCACAUCUCGAUUCGUUGGCGGAAGCUGUAAUCGUGGCCAUGUGGGAAACUCACAUGCGAAAGCUGCUGGGGCGGGAUGGCCGUGGAUACUCGGGAUGGAUUGUGUUGGCUUUCAUGGACCUGGAGGUCCACAUUAUGACACCGGUGACAAGAGAACGAUACGCGCUCGAGGAGCUGUAUAAGCUUUGCCCCCGGAUUGACAUAUCGGACUGUAUUCGGGUGGGAAGCCUGGAACCCUUUGAUUUGUAUAGAGAGAGCUUUCGAACAGCGAGGGAUUCUCAUGAACCACCGUUUUGUUCUGAAGAAGUGUAG